AUGUCUGCCGCAAAGACCAAGGCCGAGCAAAUCAUUGACGAGAAUGCUGUUGCCGUCUUCAGCAAAUCAUACUGCCCAUACUGCAGAGCUACAAAGACUCUCUUGACCGAGAUGGGCGCGAAGUACUAUACCAUUGAGUUGGAUCAAGUUGAUGACGGGAGGGCAAUCCAGGAUGCGCUCGAGGAGAUCAACGGCCAGCGAUCGGUGCCAAAUAUAUACAUCAAGAAGCAACACAUCGGUGGCAAUUCGGAUUUACAGGCGAAGAAGAGCCAACUGCCUCAAUUGUUGAAGGAUGCUGGCGCUUUGUAA